AUGGACAUCAAAACCGUAUACGAUAUUGAUCUGAAGGGUGUCAUAACUUCGGUAUCCACUCGCAAUAUAAAGGGCGUACUUAGAAAACGUCGUCUGCUAUUAUUCUCAGUACGUACAUUGAGUUUAGUUCCUGCAUCGUAUGCUUGCGUAUCAUUUGCCGAACGUGUAUCGGCGGUUGACGAUGAGUAUGAGAGUUCUGGAGUGGUAGUUAUAUGGCUUGAAUAUACGAUUGCUUGCAUGUGGUGCUUUCUAGCCAGUCUCUGGAGCUACUGGCUAAACGACUCACUAACUCGUCGUUGGCUGUCCUACGAAGCAGGCGGUGCAAUAAGACGCUUAGUCGUCUUCCAAGUCCUAAACUUGAUUGCAACUAUCUAUGUAGCUUCUCGCUUUGGUUUCGAUCAACCAAUCUGGACAUGGGUAGCGAUCAGCUGCAUCCUUGCUCUUUUCAACGCCUGUCAAUGGUUAUUCGCAUCUACGCCCAAGUAUCAAACACUUGUGGAAAUUGAGGACCGUCGCCCUGCUACUGCCUGGAAAGAUGUUAACAAUUAUAUACUAGCACCGUUGGCUAUUGCUACAGUCGUAACUACGCUUGCUGAUCUUAUAAAAGAAGUAAUAUUGAGACAGUGA